CCUGGACAGGAAAGAGAAGAAGAUUGAGAAAGUGCUGCUUCUGGAGACCACAAAGCUUUUCUUAGGCAUGGAGCCAUGGAUAGAGGCCUUUUCUCCUACUCCCAUGACCAUCAUCCGUACCCUCUCCCUUCUCAGGCGCGUUCCUCUUUCCCGCUCUUUCUACGAUCCGGCACUUUUCGCCAUAUCCACCAGGGGGCGACCUCUGCUAAGAGAAGGUAACGUCAGGCCGUUCCCCAUUGGGCCACUGGAGGGCGAAGAUAACUGCCUUCCAGAGGAGGCUGCGAAGGAAGUGACAUCACAAACGCUUGCCGCUCUAGGAGGCCGCACUCGCUCGCCUUAACCCCUGAGGCUCCGCAGGAGGCGGAGAGUCGGGCUGGGGGAGAUCCAGACGUGCCCCGGAUACAGAAACUCGAAGCUAUUUGAAAUCUUCGCAAGGAAAAAUGUUCUCUUCUGCAAAAAAAAGAAAAAAAAAGAGCAGAAUAACCAGGUGUCCGCCAACUCCCUGAUCUUGGGACCUUUAGACGCGAGCUGAAAACAUUUCUAUUCCAGCGAGCAGGAUUGGCCUAAUGGGGUUUUUAAUGGUUUUAAAUCUUCUGCCAACUUUAAAUUUUUUCUUUAAUCUGAUUUUAAUUUUGUAUUAAUUGUCUUACUUGGUUGUGAACCGCCCUGAGUCCUUUGGGAGAAGGGCGGUAUAGAAAUUUAAACAAUAAAUAAAUAAAUAAAUAAACUUGGAGGGAUCAGAGUCCUGAGGCACCAGAAAUGGUCCCGUGAAGGAAAAGGCAUCUGGAGACCCAGCAGAGUCCUUGGAGCCAUUUGGAGUUGCUCUGCAGGAGAGAGAAAGGAUGGAGACACAACCUUUGGGAAAGGAGGGAGCCGGAAAAGGCCCUUCAGCUGCUCAGCCUGGGAAGCUCUGGACAAGGACUGGGCAGAAGAUCCUGGAGGAGGAAACCAUCCUCCCUUCAGAAGUUCAGCCCUGGAAUUUCAUCCAAUAUCGGGAGGCUGAGGGUCCCCGAGGACUUUGCAGCCGACUCCAUGACUUUUGCAGGCGAUGGCUGAGACCAGAAAAGCACACCAAAGCCCAGAUGCUGGACCUGGUGGUUCUGGAGCAGCUCCUGGCUCUUCUGCCCCCAGAGAUGGAGAGCUGGGUGCGGGAGUGUGGAGCAGAGACCAGCUCCCAGGUGGUGGCCCUGGUGGAAGGCUUCCUCCUGAGCCAGGCAGAAGAUCAGAAGGAGUUGGUCGAGUUGCAGGGCUGCACUGUGGAGAUCAGAGAUCCUGAGAGAAAGAAGAAUCCAUCAAAUCCCCCUCAGGAGCUAUUUUUCAGGAGGAUCCCUUGGGAAGAUCAGAGUCAGGACACCGCAGGAGAGAAAAAAAGCAUGAAGUUUUCUGGAUUUUCUGGCAGAGAUCAAACAACGGUUGAACCUCUAAAUCAAGAGAGUCUUGUGUCCUUCGAGGAGGUGGCUGUGUGUUUCUCUGAGGAGGAAUGGUCUCAGCUGGAUUCUGACCAAAAAGCACUACAUUUGGAAGUCAUGCUUGAAAACUAUAGGAACGUGGUCUCUCUGGGUAAUAAUGGUCAGGAGAAUCAAGAUUCCCGUGAACUGUUCCAAGUGAUCAGUGCUAAAGAUGGAACAGAGAACUUUGGAAUUCGAAUGAAAUUUGAAAGCCAUGAGAGAAACCAGUCAAACAAUUGGAAUCAGGAAAGCUCAUCUUUCACUGAUGCUCUGAUGCAAGACUUUCUUGCCCAGCAAGUGAAAAUAAGGAAAAAGUAUACUGAAAAAAGUAUGAAGCUAAUCAAAGCUAAAUUACAUGUAGUUGAACACUAUUUAACCCAAAACAAAGAAGAUGCUAUAAGAAGACACAAGAGACAAAACUACAAUGGGACAUUCAUUCUUUCUCUUGGAAAUAACUUCCUUACAUCUCAAAAAGUGAUUGACAAGAAAGAGAAGCUUUAUAAAUAUUUGGAAUGUGGAAAAUGCUUUAGAACAAGCGAGCAACUUACUUCCCAUGAAAGGAUUCAUACUAGGGAGAAGCUAUACAAAUGCAGAGUAUGUGGUAACAGAUUCAGAAGAUGUAGUACUCUUAUUUUCCAUAAAAGGAUCCCAUAUAAAUGUAUGGAAUGUGGGAAAACCUUUACUCAUAGCAGUGGACUCAGAAGCCACAAAAUGAUCCAUACAGGAGAGAAGCCAUAUAAAUGCAUGGAGUGUGGGAAAACCUUUGCUCAAAGAGGUAAUCUUAUUUCCCAUAAGAUGAUCCACACAGGAGAGAAGCCAUAUAAAUGCAUGGAGUGUGGAAAGACCUUUGCUCAAAGAGGUAAUCUUAUUUCCCAUAAGAUGAUCCACACAGGGGAGAAGCCAUAUAAAUGCAUGGAGUGUGGAAAGACCUUUGUUCAAAAACGUAAUCUUAUUUCCCAUAAGAUGAUCCACACAGGGGAGAAACCAUAUAAAUGCAUGGAGUGUGGGAAAACCUUUACUCGUCGCUAUGAACUUACUAUCCACAAAAAGAUCCACACAGGAGAGAAACCAUAUAAAUGCAUGGAAUGUGGAAAGACCUUUGCUCAGAGCAGUGGACUUGGAAGCCAUAAAAAGAUCCACGCAGUGGAGAAACCAUAUAAAUGCAUUCAGUGUGGAAAGACCUUUGCUCAUAGCAGGGCACUCGGAAGACACAAAAGGAUACACACAGGAGAGAAACCAUAUAAAUGCAUGGAGUGUGGAAAGGCCUUUGGUCAAAGAGGUAAUCUUAUUUCCCAUAAAAUGAUCCAUAUAGGAGAGAAACCAUAUAAAUGCAUGGAGUGUGGAAAGACCUUUGCUCAGAGCAGUGGACUUAGUUGCCACAAAAAGAUCCACACAGGGGAGAAACCAUUUAAAUGCAUGGAAUGUGGAAAGACCUUUGCUCAUAGCAGUGGACUCGGAAGACACAAAACGAUACACACAGGAGAGAAACCAUAUAAAUGCAUGGAGUGUGGAAAGACUUUUAAUUGGAGCAGUGGACUUAGUUGCCACAAAAAGCUCCACACAGGAGAGAAACCAUAUAAAUGUAUUGAGUGUGGAAAGGCCUUUGCUCUGAGCAGUAGACUUACUAUCCACAAAAAGCUCCACACAGGGGAGAAGCCAUUUAAAUGCAUGGAAUGUGGAAGGACCUUUUCUCAGAGCAGUGGACUUAGUUGCCACAAAAAGAUCCACACAGGAGAGAAGCCAUUUAAAUGCAUGGAAUGUGGAAAGACCUUUGCUCAAAGAAGUACUCUUAUUUCCCAUAAGAUGAUCCACACAGGGGAGAAGCCGUAUAAAUGCAUGGAGUGUGGAAAGACCUUUGCUCAAAGAGGUAAUCUUAUUUCCCAUAAGAGGAUCCACACAGGAGAGAAGCCGUAUAAAUGCACAGAGUGUGGAAAGACUUUUGCUCAGAGCAGUGGACUUAGUUGCCACAAAAAGAUCCACACAGGGGAAAAGCCAUUUAAAUGCAUGGAGUGUGGAAAGACCUUUGCUGAUAGUAGUGGACUCGGAAGACACAAAAUGAUACACUCAGGAGAGAAGCCAUUUAAAUGCAUGGAGUGUGGGAAAACCUUUGCUCAACGCAAUUAUCUUGAUUGCCAUAAAAAGAUCCACACAGAGAAGCCGUAUAAAUGCAUGGAAUGUGGAAAGACCUUUGCUCAGAGCAGUGGACUUAGUUGCCACAAAAAGCUCCACACAGGAGGGAAGCCCUAUAAAUGCAUGGAGUAUGGAAAGUCCUUUGCUUAUAGUAGUGGAUUUACUAUCCACAAAAAGUUCUACACAGGAGAGACACUAUUUAAAUGCAUGGAGUAUGGAAAGACCUUUGCUCAGAGCAGUGGACUUAGUUGCCACAAAAAGAUCCACACAGGGGAAAAGCCAUUUAAAUGCAUGGAGUGUGGAAAGACCUUUGCUCAAAGAAGUACUCUUAUUUCCCAUAAGAUGAUCCACACAGGGGAGAAGCCGUAUAAAUGCAUGGAGUGUGGAAAGACUUUUGCUCAAAGAGGUACUCUUAUUUCCCAUAAAAUGAUCCAUAUAGGAGAGAAACCAUAUAAAUGCAUGGAGUGUGGAAAAACCUUUGCUCAGAGCAAUGGACUUAGUCGCCACAAAAAGAUCCACACGGGGGAGAAGCCAUUUAAAUGCACAGAAUGUGGAAAGACCUUUGCUGAUAGUAGUGGACUCGGAAGACACAAAAUGAUACACUCAGGAGAGAAACCAUAUAAAUGCAUGGAGUGUGGAAAGACCUUUUCUGAAAAUGCGUCCCUUACAUCUCAUAAAAUGAUCCAGACAGAAGAGAAGCCGUAUAAAUGCUUGGAAUGUGGAAAGAGCUUCAGAAGAAGCAGUCAAGUUACUUCUCAUAAAUGGAUCCACACGGGGAAGAAGCCAUAUACAUGCACGGAGUGUGGAAAGACUUUCACUCAGAAGGGUAAUCUUAAUUCACAUAAGAGGAUCCAUACAGGGGAGAAGCCAUAUAAAUGCAUGGAUUGUGGAAAGGGCUUCUGUGAAAAUGCAUCGCUUAUAAAACAUAAAAGGAUCCACACAGGGGAGAGGCCCUAUAUAUGCAAAGAGUGUGGAAAGACCUUUACUCACAGCAAUCAGCUUACUUGCCAUAAAAGGAUCCACACAGGGGAGAGGCCAUAUAAAUGUGAGCAGUGUGGAAAGGGUUUUACGAACAGCAGUCAUCUCACUUCUCAUAAAAGGAUCCACACAGGAGAAAGGCCGUAUAAAUGCCAAGAAUGUGGAAAGAGCUUUUGCGAAAAUGGGCCUCUUACUGUACAUAAAAGGAUCCACACAGGGGAGAAACCGUAUAAAUGCAUGGAAUGUGGAAAGAGUUUUGGUGAAAAUUCAUCCCUUAUGAAACAUAAAAGGAUCCAUACAGGGGAGAAGCCAUAUAAAUGUAGAGAGUGUGGAAAGACCUUUACUCAUAGUAGUCAACUUAGUUCCCAUAACUGGAUCCACACAGGGGAGAAGCCGUAUAAAUGUGUGGAAUGUGGGAAGGGCUUUACUAAUAGCAGCCAUCUUAAUUCUCAUAAAAGAAUCCAUACAGGGGAGAAGCCAUACAAAUGUUUGGAGUGUGGAAAGAGCUUCACUCAUAAUGGUUCCCUUACGUCUCAUAAAAGGAUUCAUACAGAAGAGAAACCAUAUAAAACUGAGGAACUUGGAAAGAGCUUCAGGAGUAAUGACUUAAUUUUGCCGUAAACAGAUAAAUUUGGCGGACAAUAAAUGGACAAAAUCAUAGACUUUGUUAAUUAAAUCUAUGCCUUUCAUUUUUGUGUAUACUGAUUUAGGAAAGGAGUCAGACCUUUAUAUUUUGCAGCUCCAGAGAGAUGAAAUUACCAACGAAAACAAAAACAGCAGGCACUUGCUUAUAAACAGCGGAUUUUUGAAGAUACUUUAAUUUGAAGAUGGCCAAUGCUACUAUAUCUUAAUAAUGAAAAAUCUUUUUUUCUGAAGUGUAUUUUCAUCCGUUUUUAACUGAUCUUGAUUCCGUGAGGGAUGUGACCAGGCAGAUAUUUAACAGUUGCUGCUUCCGCAGGCAGGAGAAGCUGUAUCUCUUCAGGACAGACUUGUUCAUCUUUUUUACACUAUGGCACAGAUGGCGAUAGAAAUUCAAUUGAUCCAAUGUUGCUCCCCAUAAUUUAAUUUUUCCUUUUCCCCCCCUAGUCUUAACAAUUGUUUUCCUCUCCCUUUCUUGUUUCUUAAUAUACUCAUUUUAUCAGA